AUUAUGUGUUUUAGGGUUUUUUUUCUAGAUUGAUAUAAUAUGAGAAUGAUAUAUGAAAUGUACAACCCAAACUGGUUUCAGGGAAAAAUACUGACUUAAAAAUGUUAUCAUUUACUAUAUGUACUCCAAGAAGUAGCACAAUGAACCUUGCAAUUUUAUUUAUGAUAUUUAUAAUUCCUCCGAUCCAGACGCAUUUUCGUCACAAUGCAGAUGACGAUGAUAUGUUAAAAAAACAACAUUAUUCAAAUGCAACUUGUGUAAAAGAAGAUUAUAAUUCAACAAUGAUCAUGGUAAAGAAUAUGACUACAAAUGAAAUUGUACCUACGAAUGUCAGUUUAAGUCGGUAUUGUCAUUGUCCAAAUCCAGGAAAGAACUUAUAUAAUUUUUUGUGCAAAUGUGAGAAGCCAAAUACUGUUGGUUCAGAGUCUUCUAAAUAUUACAUCGAUAGAUACAAUUCCAUUAACUAUAUCUGUAACUGUUUAAAAAGACUAAAUGACACUUUUUCAACAGAAUGUUGGUGUUUUAACACAGAAGAUCAAAUGUUCAAUUUAACAUGUCAUCACUUCCCUCAUCCAAAAAAGGGAAAAGAUGUUAUUUUACUUGGUGUUUUAAUACCGUACACCCUUGGUGAUUCUCACCUUACAUCAUACUACAGUGGGAAAUAUUAUGCUUCGGCAAUGUAUUUAGCUAUAGAUGAUAUAAAUAACAACAAAAAUCUUUUACCCAAUCACAGGGUAGAGAUAGUUUGGGCUGACACCAUGUGUGAUUGGAAAAAAGCUGUCACACUUCAAAUGGGAAUGAUACAUAAUGAAAGUGUUGAUGCAUUUAUUGGAGGAGGGUGCCAGGGAUGUAAAGCAACAGCUCGUAAUGCUGGUGCCAUUAAUGUUCCCAUGAUAUCACAUAUGUGUCUUGAUUCUGAGCUUUCAGAAAAGGAAACAUAUCCAACAUUUGCACGAACAGAGCCAAUCGGGCGUCAGUUAACACCUGCAAUCCAAGAGCUGUUAAGAUAUUUCAAGUGGACAAAAUUUGCAAUGGUGGUUGAAAAUUCCACUAUGUAUAGACGGGCACAUAAGAAUAUAAAAGAGAAGUUUGCAUCUCAAAUAUUAGCUACAAAAUAUAUACCUGCCCCUUCACAGUAUACUUAUGAAUAUCAUUACCACAAAGCUGUUGAAGAUAUGAAAUAUUUGUCAAAGAGAGCUCGAAUUAUCUUGUUGCUGAUGAGUGUCCGUGUUGUCAAAGAGUGUUUAAUAGCAGCUGCUGAUCUUAAUAUGGUUAAUGGAGACUAUGUGUUCCUUGCCUUUGAAAUUGAUCUAUCUGGUGGAAAAGCACGUCAAGAACGCACAUUCAAAUGGGCAACUGCUGAUUUUGGUAAUUUUCGAGCUAAAGUAGAAGAUCCAAGGGACAACUAUCAGUCAUUUAUUAAAAGAAGUAAAAAAUUGUGCAAAGCUUGGGAAGCAACUUUGCUCAUGAUGACCAAAUUACCAAAAGAAACAACACUUACCAGUAACAGUACUCUAGCAGAUUUCCAUGAUCGUGUACGGAUUGGAAUGAAAACAAUGUUUAAUGUCUCAGUUUACCAUGGGAUUAUAGAUAACACUAAUUACUCAAAACAUCACUCAAAGCCUCCCACUUAUGCUCAAAAUUUGUAUGAUGCCAUCAUGUUUUACUCAAUUGCUGUUAAUGACACCAUGAAUAAGGGUCAGGAUUAUCACGAUGGAUUGCAAGUUAUUGAAAAUAUGAAGAACAAAGUUUUUUCAAGUAUCCAUGGUUAUGAGAUGUUUUUUGAUAAAAAUGGUGAAGUUCAAUAUCCCUUUCGACUUCACCAUUUUGGAAAAAAACUGGUUUGCUAUCCGAAUAAUCAAAAAACAUUUUACGCAGAGGGUGAAAAACCUUUGAAUUGUAACAACACGUCAGCCAAUAACAGAUGUGAGAUUCCUUUUCCAAAGAUGGAAGCUAUAGGUGAUUUGGAGCUAAAUCGAGAAAAUGUAACAGUGACUAGCAAAAAUGGCACUGUAAGAAUAGAAGAGGAGUGGCAAUUUGAAUAUAAACCUAUAGCAGAUGCACCUAUGUAUUGGCCAAACGGUAUGAGUCUUAAAGAUAUCAAGGAUGAGCCAGAGUGUGGCUUUGAUGGAAGUAGAUGUGCCAAAGAACCAUUAAAGAGUAAAAUUAUACUUGGCGUGGCUAUUGCCUUGACAAUUGUUGCAGUGGUUUUGAUCAUUAUACCAAUUGUUAUGGUGAGACAAUAUAAACUGGAACGGGAAUUAACAAGUCAGCUGUGGAAGAUACCUUAUGAUGAUUUGUUUUUCAGAGAUUUUCGAUCUUCACAAAAUUCGUUGGGCAGUUUUGGUGGACAGAGUUACAACAGUUAUGGCACAGAUGUCAUGACUAGACAGAAGUUCACAUGCGUUGCAAUAUACAAGGGAAGUUUUGUUGCUGUAAGGAAACUAUAUAAAAGAACUGUUGAAUUAAAUCGAAAUGUUCUCAUGGAAUUAAAACAGAUGCGUGAUAUUCGGCAUGAUAAUAUUAAUCCAUUUCUCGGUGCAUGUGUCGAAACUGGUAAUGUGCACAUUGUCACGCAGUAUGGUGUCAGAGGAAGUUUGCAGGAUAUUCUUGAAAACGAAGACAUUAAACUGGAUACAGUUUUCUGUUUAUCCCUUUUACAUGAUAUUGUCAAAGGAAUGCAAUACCUGCACAGUAUUGAUAUAAAGUCACAUGGCAAUUUGAAGUCGUCCAACUGCAUCAUAGACAGUCGGUGGGUGCUAAAGGUGACUGACUUCGGCUUGGUUGAAUUUAAAAGCAAACAAGAUCUGUCGCACAUUGAACCUCAUCAAUUUAACCGAAAUUUGUUGUACAAAGCACCAGAAUUGUUGCGUUUAAGUAAUCAUCCAGCUCGUGGAACACAGAAAGGUGAUGUGUACAGUUUUGCGAUCAUUACCCAAGAAUUUCACACACGGGAAGGACCAUGGAGCACAUCAUAUUUAGAACCAAAAGACAUCGUUCAGCGUGUAAAAAAAGUUGAGAAUCCACCAUUCAGACCACAUGUCCCACAGCUCAUUGAAAACGCUGAGCAAUUACGUGAUCUUAUGAAGCGUUGUUGGGAUGAGAAUGCAGAUGAGCGACCAGCCUUUCCUGAGAUUAGAAAAGAAAUUGAGAAUCUGAUGAAACGAAAUGGAUUAAAAACAAACAUAUUAGAUAACAUGGUAGCCAUGAUGGAAAAAUAUACAAACCAUCUAGAAGAAGUUGUUGAACAACGUACUGGGGAACUAAUCAGUGAAAAGCAGCGCACAGAGGCACUAUUAUUAAGGAUGUUGCCUAAAUCUGUGGCACGACAGCUAAUGAAAGGUCAGGAAGUUGAAGCAGAAUCCUUUGACGAAGUAACAAUCUAUUUCAGCGAUAUUGUUGGUUUCACAUCAUUGUGCUCUUUUAGUUCACCAUUGCAGGUGGUAUCCCUAUUGAAUGACUUGUACACCCUCUUCGACAAUGUGAUUUCUCAUUAUGAUGUGUAUAAGGUUGAAACGAUAGGCGAUGCUUACAUGGUUGUAUCUGGUCUACCAAUCAGAAAUGGCCGUCAACAUGCCCGUGAGAUUUCUGCCAUGGCGCUGCAUAUUCUUGCUGCAGUCAAGACGUUCAAAAUAAGACAUAAACCAGAUCAGCCACUACUAGUUAGAAUAGGCUUGCAUUCCGGACCUGUAGUUGCAGGAGUCGUUGGUACAACCAUGCCAAGAUAUUGUUUGUUUGGUGAUGCUGUUAAUUUUGCAUCCAGAAUGGAAUCAACUGGUGAACCCUUAAAAAUUCAUGUCAGUCCUGCUUUAAACGAUAUUUUACAAACGCUUGGUGGUUUCACAACUGAAGAAAGAGGAGAGACAUUUUUAAAGGGUAAAGGUAAUGUGAUGACAUACUGGCUCACACACAGUGAAGAAUCACUUCGGGUAACCAAACUCAACUCUCUUGGAAGCAACCCAUUUUACCAAAUGAACGUUUUGCGCAACUCUCCUUCAGUACGCCGGAAAUUUAUAAAUCAAGUGAACAAUACUCCUAAUAGCCACAGAGGCUCACCAAUUGCUUUAGCACCUGCGUGGGAAAGAAAUAAUAGUUUGCGUGGCAGUUUACGAGGAAAUUCAAAUCAUAAUAGUAAAGACUACAGUAAGGAAUUUGGUAAAGAGAAUGGUGUUUUAAACGGGGAGUUGGAACCACUCAUGAUGCAUAACAUGAUUUCAUGAUGUUUACGAGGUUGUAUUUUUAUCGAUAUUGAUAAAGCUGAAGGUUAAUUACAAAAGGGUGGAGAAUUGUAAUGUUGAAGGUUAUAUUUCAAAUAGAAAAGAAUUAAAGAAGUGUUAUUGAAAUUGAGGAAACGAUUCCUAAUUCAGAAAUAGCUUUUGUGAAAUCAUGUUUAUGUGAAUGUAAAAUACACGAUGUUAGUUGCAAGCGAAUAAAAUAUUUAUUAGUGAAAAUACUCAAGAAGUAACAAAAGGACAACUUACCAAUGGUUAUAUCAAAAGUAUAUACAUGUCUAGUAAAAGAAACAAUUUUUCAACUCUCCACAUUUCUGUUUUAUUGAAUGUUUGUUUGCUAUAUUUUUAUGUUUCUUGUUUAUAGCUUCUUUCUUUGUAGAAAGCAGAACUUUGUUAGUGACGUUAUGCAGUAUAAACUCAUAUUUGAAGAGUUGCGGGAGUCGCAUUAUUCUCAUCCCUUUUGUUUAUAAAUCUUAGUUUAAUCUCCUGGAUAUUUAGUAUUUUAUAUAUAUAUAUAUAUAUAUAAAUAUAUAAAUGUGUAUAAUAUGUAUUUUUUUUGCACAUGCAAUCUUUGCAGAUUAAAAAAUAAUGAAAAAUGCUAACUAAGGGAUUUUACACCAAUUUACUGAUCAAGAUGGGUUUAAUUACUGAGUACACAAUCUUGUCUCUAAUUGUAUUAUAUUUGAACCUCUAUUUGCUGCUUCCUACAACGUCAAUAUGAAUAAUUUUUUUUAUAAAACUCUCCCUGUAAUGAUAAACUUCGCUCGUCAUCACGGCAGUCAAAUUCAUGUCGGUCAACCCUUAAUUUCAGCCAAAGCUAUAAAAAUCAGGUUUUUCAACCUAUCUUCACAAGAGAGGUGUUUAUGUUUUUUCAUCUGUGCUAUAAUUACCUCCAUUGAACAGCUGCUUUAUUUGGUCCGCAAAUGUAAACGUUAUGAGAGGCUUAACUGUAAUUUUUUUCAACGAUCUCUUCAUUAUGGUUAAAAUUUCACUCAUUUAAACGUUUAAAUAUUUUAUGUUGCAAGUUAUUAUAUAUAAAUAUUAAUUUUAUUUUUGAUACCCAAUAAAUCUUGAUUCAUAUUU